CACCCCCGCCGCAGGCCGGCAUGAGUCGCUACCUUCUGCCGCUGUCCUUGCUGGGCACGGCGGUGGGUGGCGCCGUGCUGCUCAAGGACUAUGUCGGUGGUGGGGCCUGUCCCAGCAAGGCCACCAUACCUGGGAAGACCGUCAUCGUGACAGGCGCCAACACGGGUAUCGGGAAACAGACUGCCUUGGAACUGGCCAAAAGAGGAGGCAACAUCAUUCUGGCCUGUCGAGACAUGGAGAAGUGUGAGGCAGCAGCAAAGGACAUUCGUGGGCAGACCCUCAAUCACCACGUCAAUGCCCGGUACCUGGACUUGUCUUCCCUCAAGUCCGUCCGAGACUUUGCAAGGAAGAUCAUUGAAGAGGAGGAGCGAGUGGACAUUCUGGUCAAUAACGCGGCUGUGAUGCGGUGCCCCCACUGGACCACCGAGGAUGGCUUUGAAAUGCAGUUUGGUGUGAAUCACCUGGGUCACUUUCUUUUGACAAACUUGCUGCUGGACAAGCUGAAAGCCUCAGCCCCUUCACGGAUCAUCAACCUCUCCUCCUUGGCCCACGUUGCUGGGCACAUAGACUUUGACGAUUUGAACUGGGAGAAGAAGAAGUAUGACACCAAAGCAGCCUACUGCCAGAGUAAGCUGGCCAUUGUCCUCUUCACCAAGGAGCUGAGCCGGCGGCUGCAAGGAACGGGCGUGACCGCCAACACGCUGCACCCCGGCGUGGCCAGGACUGAGCUGGGCAGACACACGGGCAUGCGCACCUCCACCUUCUCCAGCUUCACACUCGGGGCCAUCUUCUGGCUACUGGUCAAGAGCCCCCAGCUGGCGGCCCAGCCCAGCACAUACCUGGCUGUGGCAGAGGAAUUGGAGAGCGUUUCUGGAAAGUACUUCAGUGGACUCAAAGAGAAGGCCCCGGCCCCUGAGGCUGAGGAUGAGGAGGUAGCCCGGAGGCUCUGGGCUGAAAGUGCCCGCCUGGUGGGCUUGGACAUGUCCGAUGGGUCCUCUGAUGGGGGGCAGCCUCUCCCCAAAUAACCUCUGGGAGUAGGUGUAUGGAGCCCCAAGACUUAGAGUUGCUGGAUGCAAUACCCACAUUUCCCUCUAGGUGGCAGUGUGGUACUACAUGACUUUCUCACUGGCCACAGCAUCUGGCCGGGGGCUGGCCUAUGCGAUGUACCAACAAGUGAGCUGGACUGUCAAGUGUCUGCCUUGGAAAUCUCACCUGGGAACUGACAGGUAAAGAGUUGGCUCCCAGUGGUUGUUGGUGAUGUCAAGAGCCAAUGGCAACUAUGCUGGAGGCAUAUAUGAUGUCCUUCCUCCCCUCCCACCAGCUGUAAAAUGUCUUCAGCAUCACCCCUCCUUGGUGUUAUGGGGGCAGGGUAGUAUCAUGUCCAUGGUGAUAACUGUUAAGAGCGUGGGCAAGGAACGUUAACAGCUCCUGUGGGGGCUUGUACACGCCCUGUCCCCCCUCUGAGCCUCGGUUUCUUCAACUGUAAAAUGGGCAUAAUAACCAUCCUACCUCGUUCAAUGGUGUGAUGAUCAACGUGAAUGGCAGCUGCACAUUUCUUGCUGGUGAAUGUUUAUGGAAGGGCUUCUGUGUGUCAGGCCCUGGAGGGUUGCUAGGGAUACCGCGGAGAGCAGGUUGACCCAGACUCUGGCCUCAUGACAGCCGAGUCACGCUCACGACAGAGCCGCUGGAGUGAAAGAUCCCAACUUUGCCACUGAGGACUCAGGAUUGCCUGGGAUUACGACCU